AUGAAAGCGAAAAAAAUGCGCAUGAAGUACGGCAAGCUGUUUAUUUUGUUCAUGAUUUGCUUCAAUCUGGUCGUGUUCUACUACUCCUGGAAGUACUUCCUCAGCAGUGGCCACUUCCUGGCGGACACGUUUGCCAGCGGUCCCGGCCAGAGUCACCCGGCGGCGGGGGUCCUGCUCCGGCCGGCCGAGUCGGUUCCCCUUGCCAGCUACGAAAGCUCGUACCGUAUUGGCGAUCCCGGAGGAGCUACGCUGAACCGAUUGCGGCUUGCGCUAGCGCCAACAUUCAGCGAGCAUCCGGCCGGCGGCCGGAUGUCCUCGCAGCAUGGCAACGGUCAACGUGACCGUGUCCAGCUGACCAACGGCUACCUGCGGCGUAGCAUCACGUUCGUGUUUCGCGAUUUCUUCGACUUUGACAACGAUCUGCUCCAGUCGAUCGCCAGCGUCACGAACCUGAUCCCGCACGCGAACGUGUUUGUGAUCGCACCGGAACUGCCGUACCCGCCGCUGGACAUCUUCAACGCCGCCUUGCUCUCUACCGGACCGGGUCGGGUGGCACCGGGCCGGAACCACAGUUCCGGUCCUCCGAACGUAGGUUGGUUCGAAAAGGGCAGCAGCGUACGGUUCUUCAGCCUCGGCUACGACGUCACGAAGUCACUGCGUGAUACGUUCCCCAUCAUGCACGUCACCACGCGCUACGUGUUGUUCAUGCCGGACAGCGUGCGACUCACCGGGCGGGCCCUCCUUUCGCGGAUGCUGCGCGAAAUCGAUACCCCGUCCGGUGACGAGCUGCUCCUGCAGCAACAUCAGCAUCUGCUGCUGCGCCAAAAUGCCAACCAACAGCCGCAACAGCAGCAACAGCCGCAGCAACAGCAGCGGCAGCAGAUGUUCGAUUUAAACCGUAAACAGGAACGGCGCAUCGUGGCGGUACCGUUCGCCUCGAACCAGAAGGCCAACGCCAACUGUGUCCAGAUGCUGCUCGACCUGCCCAACUGGACGCUCGAAUACGUCACCGGCAACGAGACCGACAGCUGCGAUAUGUUCAAACAAAAGCACGCCAUCCUGGUCGAGACGGAGCUGCUGAAGGAGAUGCCUGACGCACUAUCGGCGCCCUUUCCGGAUAUGUUCUACAUACAGGCCAAGUUGGCGGGCACGAAGAGCUGCAUCGGGCAGGUCCACAACGGUCGGCCGUUCUACCGGUAUCUGGGGCGCCACACGCCGCCCUGCUGCAUGGAGAAGCUGAAGGCCACGUUCCGGCACGUUCGGGACGAGUUCGAGAACGUGGGCAUCCGGUACUGGCUGGACAACUACGCACUCAAGAACGCCAUCGAGCAGAAGACGCUGUCGGGCGAUGCGUACGAAAUCGAUCUCAGCAUCAACGGAGACGACAUCCAGCGGUCGGUGGCGCUGCGCAAAGCGCAGACCAAACCGUACACCGACGAGGAGGGCUUCCACUGGCUGAAGGCCACCGACGGGCACUACUUUCGGGUGCAGUUCUCGAAAACGAACGCCAUUGCCGUCAACCUGCUGCCGUUCGAUCUCUCCAACGGUGAGCUCGUCCGCCCGAACGGAUUCUACGGCUGGAAGGCGCGCAAGUUCUCGGUCGAGUUCCUGCACCCCAUGUCGACGGUCCUGUUCCUCGGGAAGCCCAUCAUGUGCCCCAACAAUGUGAUAGAGUAUCUGGAGGUGAAAAACGUAAAGUAA